AUGGAGGACGAGCUGAGUGAUGCGGAGAGAGAGCGCCUGAAGCGCCAAUACAGGGGCGUCUUCUGGGACAAGAAGACGCGUCGCUGGCGCUGCCAGCUGGGGUUCCAGUCCAAGAAGAUAUUUUUGGGAUACUUUGACACGGCGCAGGAUGCGGCGAAGGCCUACGACAGGAAGCUCGUCGAGCUCAGGGGCGCCAGUGCCCGCACCAACUACCCGAUCACCGAGUACCUAUCGCUCCUUGGCACCGGCGUGGCGCCACCCCAGCAGCGCGCCCCCGGAAUGCUCGGCGACGGCUUCGGCGGCGCGGCGCACUUCGGCGACGCCGGCGGCGGCGCCGACGCCGCCGCGCAGCUGGGCGGCGCGUCGGCGUUUGGGGACCAGCUGAAUCUGCAGGACCUGGUCAAUGUCGGGUCCGGCGGCGGCGGCACCCCCUCGCAGCUGCAGCUGCAGCAGCAGCUCCUCAGCCUGAGCGGCGCCGGCAGCGGCGGCGGCGCUGCCGGCGGCGCCGGCGCGAGCGGCGGCGGCGGCGCGGCGGACCAGGCGCAGCUGCUGCUGCGCCAGCUGGACGACACCGCUCGGUGA